ACGAGUCUCGCUCUCAUUGGUCACCAGAUGUGGAACACGCCUGAGACGCUCGACUCUGCGACGUUUCCGCUUUACGAGAUCGACGCUGUGUGGAGCCGAAAGACUCGAGUUGCAGACUUUUAAGAUCAGCUGCAGUUUAGAGACCUGGACUAAAAUGGAUCAGAACAAGCUUGGUAUGAUGGAACGUAACGUGGAUCAUCACGACAAGUGCGAUACGAAGCAGCCGAGUUUUACUGAGCAGGAUCGGUCUACUAGCGGAGUAGAGGAGAAGCAGGACCCCGACCACGCUGGUACAACAGAUCAACAGAAACAAAGAGGAAGAAAGGCUUCAAGGCUGUGUCUCUGUCAGCAAUGUGACCAAGCCUUCACUACACCAUCAGAGCUGAAGAAUCAUCUGAAGGUUCACUCUGGAGAUAAACAAUACAGCUGUGACCAGUGUAGCAAGACCUUCGCUGCAAGAAGAAACUUAAAGACCCAUCUGCAAAUUCAUACAGGACAAAGACCAUACACCUGCAACAAAUGUGGAGCAGUCUUCAACAGGCCGACUGAUUUGAAAAUCCACUGUGGUGUUCACACCGGAGAGACACUUUACACGUGUGAACAAUGUGGGAAAACAUUUUCUCAUAUCAGUCAUUUACACAGACACAAACGUGUUCAUACUAGUGAGAAACCCUACUCAUGUGAUCAAUGUGAAAAAGCAUUUGCUUACAGCAGUAGUUUACUGAAACACCAAGUUGUUCACACUGGGGAUAAACCCCACUCAUGUGACCAGUGUGGAAAAGCAUUCUAUCAACUAAUUCACUUACUGACACAUCAACGUAUUCACACUGGAGAGAAACCUUACUCGUGUAAACUGUGUGGAAAAGCAUUUACUCAGCCCAGUGGUUUAGUAAGACACCAAAGUGUUCACACUAGUGAGAAGCCUCACUGGUGUGAGAGCUGUGGAAAAACGUUCACUCGUCUCACUAGUUUAGCAAGACACCAACUUAUUCACACCGGAGAGAAACCUCAUUCAUGUAAACAGUGUGGAAAAGCGUUUUCCCGACUCAGUAGCUUAGUUGGGCACCAAAGUGUUCACACUGGAGAGAAACCUUACUGGUGUGACCACUGUGGAAAAGUGUUCUCCUACCAAAGUGGUUUACGGACACACCAACGUAUUCACACUGGAGAGAAGCCUUACUCGUGUGAACAGUGUGGAAAAGUGUUCUCCCAGCUCAGUGGCUUAGAGGGACACCGAAGGGUUCACACUGGGGUGAAACCUUACUCGUGUGAAAUGUGUGGAAAAGUGUUCUCCCACCACAGUAGUUUACUGGGACACCAAAGGAUCCACACUGGGGUGAAACCUUAUUCGUGCGAACAGUGUGGAAAAGUGUUCUCUCAGCUUCUUCAGUUACUGACACACCAACGUAAGCACACUGGAGAGAAACCCUACUGCUGUGAAAGCUGUGGCAAAACCUUCACUUUGUUCCCUGGUUUAGUGAAACAUCAACGUAUUCACACUGGAUAGAAACCUGGAUAGAAUCAGUGUCUCAUUUCUUUUCUGCCCAUAGGAGUUGUGGCUGCCUGAAUCUUCCUCCACUAUUCUCUAUCAGAGAUGCAGAGAGACAGACAAGACAGUUAGGUCGCGUAAGUGCCUGUAUAUAAGCGUCAUGCUUGUGCGCCAUAUGCCAGAGUGAAGCAGGCACACACCAACACCCCCCUCCCUCUUGCUUUGAGAUCUCGCAUGACUCAGGGGCUCGGGUCAGCAAACAAACAAGCAGGAGGAGGACACAGACGAAGAAGAAGGAUGGAAGCAAGAAAGAGUAGCAGCAUGUGGUUAUAUUUUUAUGCCACAAGUGAAACAACAGCAACCUAUACAAUCUGCUAAAAGGGUGUUAAAUACAGUGACAACACCACCAAUUUAUAUUAUAUAUUUAUAUUUACUGUUGAACAUUGUCUGGGAUUUAUAAUGAAUACAAUUCAAAACAAAACACCUGAAAGUCAUAAAAAUGUAUUUUUAUUUGAUAAUGCAUUAAUUGUCAAAAAACUUCAGUAUUGGUAUUGAUAUUGGUGAUACUGGUCAAGUAUUUACUUGGUAUUUGAUCAACUCCAAAGUCUGCAGUAUCGCCCACCCCUACUGACAGCACAUUACUUGAUAGUAGACAAAGCAUUUUACCAUGUGAUAAUACUUAAAUUGUACUGGCAUCUUUAGAAAUACAUAUGAGACUUUGAUAAUUACAAGCAUUUUAUUCCUAUUGUCUUAACUUGGAUAUUGAUUUGUAUAUAAGAAUAAUUAUGUUUUUGUAUUUUUUGUGUGAUCAAACUUUAAGCUAAUUGAAACGAGAAAGUACCUUGUCCAAAUUAAAGAUUAUUUUAAAUAGGAUAAUUUGAAGUGAGAAAUAGUCCUCUGUAUCUGCAAUGAUACCAUCGGCUACUCUCUAAUCAAGAGGAACUUCCUGCUUGGCCCGAAACGGUACCGAUUGUUGCGAAAACAGCCUACAGUGACAAAAACAGGCAAGACUGAGUCUUAAUUGAUUGAAAAGUCGUGCCCACAUAGCCACUUGCAGGUUAGCCUUCCUAAAAUUAUCUGUGAUUUUUACGUUACUUAGAGGUUAAUAAAUACACCUUUCUCUUGCCCAAAAUUAUUAUACACUGAGGUAAUUAACAUCCCUUUAUCUGUUCAUUUAAAGCUGGUUAUUUAUUUCUGGUUUAUUGUUCAUUUACUGUGCUUUAUCUACAUUUACUCAUUCACUAAUUUAUAUAGCCUGUACUAGUAGAAUAAUAAAACAUUGAAAGGA